GAUCCCCUCCUCACUCCUGAGUGUCCAGAUGGCCCUGAGGCACCCAGUGUGACUGCAGUCAGCCCAGAGGUCACCUUAAGCAGUCUGCCCUGGGCUGUCAGCUGUACCCCUCUUCCCCUGAGGCUCCCCUGCCUGUUAGAGCCUCCCCUGACCCUCCGUGUUCAGAAAGACCCCACCCCAAGCCUUUGGCUUUCCACCCUUCCUGGGAAGACACUCUGAAGUGAGGGCUGGGGGGUUGCUAUUACACAGAUUUCUACACACCAGACUCCCCAAAACUGGAGUGAUUCCAGCACCACCUGGGAGAUAUCAUGCAUCGCGUGCUCCCCUCCCUGGAGAAACACCUGGAGAAGGAGGGUGUGUACCUUGAGGACUACACCACCCACUGGUACAUCCAGUGCUUCCUGGGUGGGGUGCCGUUCCCCCUGGCACUUAGGAUGUGGGAUAUCUACAUCCUUGAGGGUGAACACGUACUCACCAUGAUGGCCUAUACGGUCCUCAAGAUCCAUCAAAAGCACCUGCUGAAGAUGUCCAGGGACCACAUCCAUGGGUUCCUGCAGGUGACCCUGAGGCAGGCCUGGGCAUUGAGCGAGGAUGUGGUCAUCAGGCAGCUGCGGGCCUCCAUGCGUGAGCUGGGGAAGCUCCAGUGCCUCCUGCCUCCCAAAGCAAAGCCAAUGGAAGAUUGCAGCCCGGCCCUGCAGGUGCCGCCUGGCUCUCAGGAGCGCGCUCCCCCACCAGUGUCCCUCAAGUGCAAGACCAUUGUUGAGGAGAGCAAAGGCUACCACCCCACUGCUGCAGCUCCCCAGGAGCCAGUGGGGGCUUCAGCUUCUGUCCCCGAGGAGACCGGUCCUCUCAGAUCUACCUUCCAGCCCGACUCCAAACAAGAUACCAAGGAGGAGAAGGGCAGUCAUGGUUAGA